UGAUGAUGAUGAUGAUGAUGGUUAUGGUCAUGCGUACUUGUUCUUCUACGUUUCUUCUUCUCUUUUGGUACUAAUCUCAUCACCAUUUUGGUGGUUGUAAGUGGGAGUUUUGGAUUUAGAGUUGGGAACAAGUAGUUGAAGUGCACGAGGCAAGCGAAAAAGUGGGUUUUGAUUCAUUUGGCGUUUAUUGGUGCGAUACGCGCGUUACCUGUUUGAGGAAAUGCCUCAGUAAACUGCAAAAACUACACUAAAAGGGUGCAGGAAAGACCAAUUUUUGAUCAAUAGAAUUGGUGGCUUCGUGAAACGUUCUAAACUGAUGGGUGCUCCGGUGUGAUUUCAUAAUGCUUCGUCUCAGAAAACUCCAUACCGUGUACUCUUCGCGUGCCAUCUCUGCACUAGUAUUAUCCUCAUCUGUCGGAAAGCAUCGCACGGUGAUAAGUCAUUCUGGUUAUCGGCCGUUAGCUUAUAAGAAUCACGAGCUUAUCUGGCUAUCUUUUGGUCGAUUUUCCAGCAAUGGUGUGACAGUCAUGAGCAUCAGAUCAAAAACCAUCCCAACUUUCGGAGCACUCUUCUCUACGACGGUCGAACCGGUGUUGGUCCAAGCUCGCAACCCCUCUCGACUAGCUCUAGAGUUGGAGAAUGCAAUUGACGAAAAGAGAUUCGAUGAUGCGUGGAAAGCUUAUGAGAAACACAUACAUAUGGAUGGGCUUCCUAGAAAAUCAGUACUAACUAAGCUUAUCACCGGCUUUGCUGAGAGCUGCGAUGUCCACUGGCUCAGAAAAGCAUACAGUGUAGUGGAGCUAGCCUUUGAAGAGAAAAAACAUGAAUUAUUAGAAAAGGAGCCUCUUUUGUACCUCUCUUACAUUCUUUCACGGUGCGAACUGCCCGUUCUUGCUUCCAACGUAAUGAGAAAAUUAGUACAUAUGGAAGUGUUUCCUCCCAUAGCAGCAUGGUCUGCAAUAGUGGGGCGUAUGUCUCAAACAAAAACUGGUGCUUUUCUUGCUGCGGAGCUUAUUAUGGAGAUUGGUUACCUAUUUAAAGACAACAGGGUUGAUCCAAGGAAAAAGAGUAACAGGCCGCUAUUAUCAAUGAAACCAAACUCCUUUGUCUUUGACGUAGUUUUGACCGCUUUGCUUUUAUUCGAGACUACAAGAAAAGCUGAGCAGCUUCUUGAACUAAUGCCUAGAGUAGGUGUGAAGCCUAAUGCAAGCUUACUUAUUAUUAUGGCCUGUAUAUAUGAGAAGAACGGGCAUAGAGAUGAGCUCCAGAAACUGAAGAGGCAUGUUGAUGAGGCUGUUGGUCUUAGUGAUUUGGAGUUUCAGCAGUUCUAUGAAUGCAUGCUUUCUUGCCAUUUGAAGUUUGGGGACUUAGAUUCUGCUGCAAAUAUGGUCCUGGACAUGCUAAGAAAAGCUAAUGAAGCAAAGCGGUCCCUAGAAGCGGCAAAAGCUGUGUUGGAAGCAGUUGAAACAGGGAAAAGCUAUUUUCCUUGUGAGAACUCUGAAUAUGAAAAUUUGGCUUCGGAGGAUCAGCGCUUAUUUUCAAACAGCCCAGCCCCAACGUAUGUUUUGUUUGCUAAGGACAGGAACUUUUCAAAGCUCGAAGCUGAGGCAAAGGAAUUACUUUCACUACUAUCAGAUAAGUUGCAGGGACAGGUUGAAUUGGUUAAGUCCGAUCAUGGAAUUCUCCAUCCAACUGAGAAAAUGUAUGCCAAACUUGUGAGCGCUUUUUUAGAAGGCGACAGGAUCAGCGAAUUAGCAGCAUUUCUAGUGAGAGCGAGUAAGGAAGAUUCUCCCGUCUCUAUUGAGAGCUCGACUGUUGUUCAAGUGAUAAAUGCAUGCAUUUCUCUAGGGUUGUUAGAGCAAGCACACGACCUGUUGGAUGAGAUGAGAUUCUCUGGAAUUAGAGUUGGCUCCUCUGUUUAUUCUUCACUCUUAAAAGCCUAUUGCAAGGAGAACCGUCAUGAAGAGAUAAAAGCACUUUUGAAGGAAGCUCGCCAAGCUGGCAUCCAGCUUGAUUCAAGCUGCUACGAGGCUUUGAUUCAAUCAAAAGUACAUCAAAAUGAUUCGAGCGGCGCCCUCCAUCUAUUUAAAGAGAUGAGAGAAUCCAAUUUACCUAGAUCAGGUUAUCGGGAGUUCGAGAACUUGGUUGACGGGGGCGGUGAUGGCGCUGAGACCUGUCUAAUGGCAAAGCUUUUGGAGGAAAUCAAGGACAAUAAAAGUGUAGAUUGUGGUGUUCAUGACUGGAACAACGUGAUACAUUUCUUUUGCAAGAAGAGGCUAAUGAAUGAUGCUCAAAAAGCUCUGAACAGGAUGAGGGCUUUGGGCCACAGUCCAACGGCUCAGACUUUCCACUCUCUAGUAACCGCUUAUGCUGCUAUAGGAGGAAAGUAUGUGGAAGUAACCGAUUUGUGGGGCGAAAUGAAGGUGCUUGCGAGCUCCAGCUCAAUGAAAUUUGAUCAGGAGCUGCUGGAUUCAUUGUUGUAUUGCUUUGUGAGAGGUGGAUUUUUCCUUAGGGCCAUGGAAGUUAUAGAUAUGAUGGAGAAAGGAAAGAUGUUUAUUGACAAGUAUAAGUAUAGAUCACUUUGGCUCAAGUAUCACAGGACCUUAUACAAAGGGAAGGCUCCUAAAGUCCAAACAGAAGCGCAAGUGAGGAGGAGAGAAGCAGCUUUGGCUUUUAAGCGAUGGAUUGGUUUGACAUGAAAGCAUAUUGACUAUCCUUUAAAUAUUGAAGAUUGGGAAAAAUACAAACUCGGGUUUUUGAUGGUAUGAAGAAUCAGGGUCUUCCCUGGAACUUGUGGUCUAAUGUAUGCAUCUGGGGGUGAAAGUGGUUCCCUGUAUAUUCCAGAUUUUUGUAUCUGAAUUUUAAGAAAUUCAGGUCUGGGUUUUGUAUAUUCUGAGACGAAAGAUUAUGUAUCCUUAAUUAUGAAUGUAUUAUCCAGAUAUAGUUGCGUUUUGAAAUUUGAAGUACUAACUGGGAUUUAGAUCCUUACAUCACGUGUAAACUAGAUAUCUUGAUGAGAAUACAAUAGCUUAGUAA